AAGAAUAUGAUGUAUAAUUGGUAGAUAGGGCCAUCGACAUUUGUUUAGUCUUGAUAUUCUACGCGUUUCAUGAUUAUGCUACCCUUCGGCCGGUACCACCAUCUUGUUUGUUUCAUCAAUAAAGUGAGUGUAAAAUUUUUGGACGAUUGAAAUUGAAGGUACAUAUUUUUGUUGUGUCCUAUAUACAGUAAAUUAAAACAAGAACUGUGAAUAUGUCUCACGGUGGUAGAAACGAAUGUAGAAUUUAUGUGGGUAAUUUACCACCUGAUAUAAGAACAAAAGAUAUCCAAGAUCUUUUCUAUAAAUUUGGUAAAGUUAUCUUUGUUGAUUUAAAAAAUCGGAGAGGACCACCAUUCGCUUUUGUCGAAUUUGACGAUCCAAGAGAUGCAGAAGAUGCUGUACAUGCAAGAGACGGAUAUGAUUAUGAUGGUUAUAGACUACGAGUUGAGUUUCCAAGAGGUGGUGGUCCCAGUAAUAAUUUUCGUGGUGGGCGUGGAGCAGGUGACAGUGGAAGAGGUGGCCGUGGUGAAAUGAGUAACUCUAGAGGACGUGGACCACCUGCAAGAAGAUCUCAGUAUAGAGUUCUUGUUACUGGUUUACCUCCUUCUGGUAGUUGGCAAGAUUUAAAGGAUCAUAUGCGCGAAGCUGGUGAUGUAUGCUUUGCUGAUGUUUAUAAAGAUGGCACUGGAGUUGUUGAGUUCUUACGAUACGAAGAUAUGAAGUAUGCUGUGAAGAAAUUAGAUGAUUCAAGAUUUAGGUCUCACGAGGGAGAAGUUGCCUAUAUUCGAGUGAAAGAAGAUCACAGCAGUGGCGAUAGAGGACGCAGCGAAGAUAGAGAGAGAGGUCGAAGUCAUUCACGAAGCUAUAGUCCACGACGUCGUGGUUCGCCUACCUAUUCACCAUUGCGACGUAAUUACUCGCGAUCAAGAUCUCGUUCCAGAUCUCGUUCAUACGACUAGUGUGAUUAAGACGUAAAUGAGAAUGAAAAAUAAUGAGACAGUAAGGAUACUUUCAAGAGGAAAUUCAGGAUCAGGAAUUCAGGAAAGGAAUUGGAUGAAAGAAACGAUCCGUUUCAUUCAAGGAUUCUCAAUUAGCUCUGGAUUUUCAUCAGAAAACGUUGGCAAAUCCAUUACAAGGAUUCAAAACAAUUCAUAUUUUUCUGUUUUAAAAAAACAAAAUUAAUAUCUAAUCGUGAUAAAGCAGUGCUUUUGAUGAACUAAAGAAAAAAAAGCCACAGAAUGAACAGCUUCGACAUGUCACGUGAUUACGCUGAUUUCUUAAUCAUUUCAGUGUUUUGGAUUUGUUGCAAUUCACGCGAUUGAAACCUUAACACGCACAGUGACUUUUGUAUUUCUUUUUUUUUUUUCUCUUUUACGUUCUGUACACUGAACAAAAGAACUAGUAAUGGAAUGUCAACUUUGUACGUUUUACUUUAUGAAAGUAUUUGCUUCUGAUUUUUCGUAUACGUCAAAACAGUUUAUAAGUUAAAAUUAUUAUUUUUUUUUUUUUUAUCGUUACUGAGAUAACAACUCAGUUCGUUUACGGAAAGUAUCAGACGUCUCAUCUAUCGGCCCCAGUCACGAGAAAGGAACGAAAACCACCUAGUGGUUCAACGAAAUGAAUGCUCGUUGAGAGAUCAUCCUCGUUUCUCGUUGAUUCGUGCAAUUAGUAUAGGCGAUGCGAUUGGAUAUAUUAGAGUUUCUCAGGAUCAAACGCAACGAACAGUGGUCAUUCAGAGAAAACUGUCGCGUUGUAAAUAGUGCGUCUCAUAACUUCGUUAUAUUUAAUUAUUCUUCUUUAAAUCAUUUCAAUCUUAUUACACAUUAUCUGUCGUGAGCGUGUGUAUGUUUUCAUAUACGUGUGCGGUAAACCUAACUACGGGUCUUCGCGUGCAAGAGGAGGAGCGGGGUCGAAAAUAAAAAAAACAAUGAAACGAAUCCUUCCAUCUUAACAAGGACUGGCUCCCUAGUUGUAGAGGAUCUCCCGGGAUGAAAAUAAAAUAAAAAAUAAAUGGAAAAAACAUGAUUGGGAUUAGGAUGCUGACAGGAUAAAUUAGUGUUCAUGAUGGAUGUUUGGAUACGGAUAAAAUUGGCUGGAAAAAUAUAUAUGUAUAUAUGUAUAUAUAUAUAUAUGUAUAUAUUCGACGGAUUAUGUUAAGCGGAUGACUUGGAUCUUUUGACCGGACAAUGUACUGUACGCCGUGUUCAAUACGGAAUAAUGGAUUUGGAUUAUCAAUUGAGGUGUUAAAAGAGCAGAGCGUUGCGUCGUUUGUGCUUCAAUAGGUUUCACGGAUUAUAUCGCCUAGGUCGGAUAACGGAGAUUUGGACUUGCACUUAGCAGGAUCAAUACAGGAUAUUGUCAUUUUGUCGGAUAUCAUGGAUUGAAAACGGAUGCAAUCACAUGCUCCUUAUAAGGUAUUUCAUAUCAAGUUUAAUAUCUGACGUCCCUUCGGUAAACACAUUUUCUGCAUGCAUUUUUCUAAACAAUAGUCUUCUAUAAAAAAGAAACACUUCAAAGCAAACAUCCACUUUUUAAAAUUUUUUAAAAGGCUAACUUAAG